AUGGACAAGCACCAAAAGAUAGAAAAGAUCUCAACACCCCCUUAUCUUUGGAAUCCAGUUCUCCUCGCAAAUCCCAAUAAAGCACCCCCCUACCCUACCCUACUCUCUACUCUACUCCACUCUACCGCCCAAGCCCUCUUCCCAAAACCCAACCACACUUCAAAAAAAAAUGGGCUGCAUCCCCUCCAAAAACCCCAAGACCACCAAGACCACCACCACCACCUCCCUCUCCAAAUCAACCACCCCUCAUCCCCGGCCCCUCUCCCAAAGACGUGCAACCCAAGCAAACACAUCAGCAAGAAUCGCACGACUACCACCACCGAAACCAGUUCACGUUCACGGAAAGACAUGUAAUCCUCCUUCAUCAGUAA